AUGGUUUCUCUUAAUGUUAGCCGUGUACCAAGAAACUCAGAGUUGUUGUGGUUACAAGCUCCGGAUAUGCAUCGCUCAUACAACAUUUUCCAUGAACGUAAAGUGACAAUGCCAAGAUGUAGAAAAAGUGAUGAAGGGCUAUCUGGAGUACUGAAGGAUGGUCAGCCCGCCAAAGUCCUUCAGCAUAUCAAGAAUGCUGGGUUUUUCCAACUCAUGAAGGCGGUGAUUCACAAACUUGAUCAUCCUUUAAUUAUCGCGUUGUUGGAGAGAUGGCAUCUAGAAACCAACACGUUUCACUUUCCUAUUGGUGAAGCAACUGUCACCUUGCAAGAUGUGCAGGUGAUAUGGGGUUUACCCAUAGAGGGACCAACGGUGACUGGUGAGUUGGUUUCAGAAACCCGAAAUGUUGAUUACUGGAACAAUCUGUGUAUGGAAUAUCUGGGUACUUUUCCUACAGAUGAAGUAGAUCGCGACAACUUGCAAAACGAUCAGAUCAAAUUCCACGCCUUAGCUGGGCGCAUUGAUUUCACCGACUUCGACGACGACGAUGAUGAGAUGUGUCUAUUCAUGGCUAGAAGGGUUAUUCUAGCUAUGAUUGGUUCGGAGCUUUUUCUUGAUCCUAACGCCUAUGAUGUUAGCAUCAGUUUGGUCAAGAACCUAGGAGACCUGAGCAAAGAAGGUCGAAAGAGCUGGGUUUCAGCAGCUCUUGCGUGUUUUGUCUAA